UACGCCGGCGUGCUUCGCCGAGUGACCGGCAGAUGGCGUUCGCUGACAAGGAGUCCAGUAGCGGGAACCUUCCCAGUGGAGCUCGUGCUGUUCUGCUGGCCACAGUUUGACGGCUGCGGCGACACCAUCCAGGAAAGUUGCAGCGAUUCUCGCGACGCCGACGAUGGGGGGCGACGACGCUCAGGAGAAGCGAGCACUCCAACAGUUUAAAGAGGCUCUACGGGACAUUUGGCAAGACAAGUUCACUGACCCUUACCUGCUGCGCUGGCUUCGAGCACGAGACUUCGACGUGACCAAGGCGGAAGAGCUUCUGCGCAAAAAUCUGCGGUGGAGAGAGGAAAAUCAGGUCGACACCUUUAUCGAGCGGUACGAGUGCCAUCCGGUUCUAAAGAAGUACUUUCCUGGUGGGAUAUUUAACCAUGACCGAGACGGUUGUCCCAUUUACAUCGUACCAGUUGGACGCGGAGAUUUCAGAGGCAUGCUACAGUGCCUGUCCAAAGAAGAUCUGGUACGACAAGUGAUCUACACGAUGGAGCUGAUGCAACGCGACAUGGACAGCCAAACGAGAAAGUUGGGGAAGACUGUGAACACGGCCAUUUUCCUUUUCGAUUACGAAGACUUCAGCCUAAAGCAGGUCUCUUCCUGGCAAGUCCUGGAACUCAUCCGCUCGUUGGCGGCGCUUUACGAAAACAACUAUCCCGAAACUCUCAAAAUUGGCCUGCUUAUAAACACCCCAGGCUUCUUUCCCGUAUUCUGGAAGAUUGUUCGGCCAUUCAUCACCGCAAGAACUGCCGACAAGCUACGCAUGUUCACGCGCGAUGGCUGGCAAGAUGUUCUGCUGAAACACGUCGACCCCACUCAGCUGCCGGCGCACUGGGGAGGCACGAUUGUGGAUCCCGUAGGCGGUGCCCGCUGUACGCACGUGAUUGGUCCCGGUGGCGAGCUUCCGGCUACCGUAUGGCGCGGCGGUGGCGGACUGGCCACCGACCCCGAAGCCGUGAACUGCUUUCUGGAGCGCGGCCGCUCCAUCGAGGUGCCGGUCCAGGUCGAGGCAGCGGGCGCCGAGCUCCACUGGCGGUUUCAAGCACGAGACGUCGCCUUUGCCCUGUGGAGGACGAGCGGCAAAAACCGCGUCCAGGUGCUUGCGCCGCGAAGGAUAGCCUGCGACCGCGACGCCGAGUGCGGGCAGAUGCAGUGCGACGAGCCCGGAACAUACACGUUCCUCUUCGACAACAGUUUUAGCUGGUUCACCGGAAAGCAGCUCUCCUAUGUGAUACGAGUGCACCACGAGUCCUUUGCCAGCGUCGAGGACACCGUCCAGUGCUCAUAAAGCUUUGUCAUAAGAGUCAUGAUGUGUACAAAACGUGUUAAAUACCACUAUAAAAUGCAUCCUACGGACUGA